AUGAGCCUGCAAAAAUACAAAACCACAUUUGAUUAUACAAGAUCAAGCAAGGAAUUUCCACAAAAUGCACAAGUUAAUAUUUAUGGAACUCCCAAAGAAACAGCAGGCCAUGAAUUCAAACAAUUGUUGGGAAAGCAACAUAUUGGAUCUGUACGAUCUGAUUAA